UUCUUUAAUUUGUGUAUGCAGUGUUUGAAAGAUCCUCUUAAAGCUCAAUAUAAUGGAGGGAUAGUGGUAAAUCCAGAACUUAAUGAUGGAUUAAAUGGAUGGUCCAUUCUGGGAGAUGCUAAAAUAGAUAACAUCGUUUCAAGUGAUGGAAACAAAUUCAUCAUUGCCUCAGAGAGAAAAGGCCCAUAUCAUGGGUUUUCACAAAAGUUUCAAUUAGAAAAAGACAAGUUCUAUGUAGUUUCUGGAUGGGUACAAGUGAACCAUGGUGAUGAUGCUAAUUUAGCAGUUAUAUUCAAGACACAAAGUGGUUUUCAACAUGCUGCUUGGGCCAUUGCUAAAUCUGGUUGUUGGUCAAUGUUUAAGGGUGGCUUAGUUGUCAAUGCUUCUGGUCCCGCCCAACUAUAUUUUGAGACCAAUAAUACAGCAAUUGACAUAUGGGCAGACAGUAUUUCAGUAAAACCAUUCAGCCAAGAAGAGUGGAAUUCCCAUCAAAGUCAAACAAUUGAAAAGGUUCGCAAAAGCAAAGUGGCAAUCCAAGUAGUUGACUCACAAGGCAAGCCUUUACCUAAUGCAACAAUCUCCUUGGUGCAAGGAAGAGCCAAUUUCCCAUUUGGUGUUGCCAUUAACAAAAACAUCCUCAACAACAAAGCUUACCAAAAUUGGUUCUUCUCAAGAUUCAAGUUUACAGUAUUUGAAGAUGAAAUGAAAUGGUACAGUACUGAAACAUCUCAAGGCAAAAUAGAUUAUUCAACUUCCGAUGCAAUGGUCAAUUUAUGCAAGAGCAAAGGUGUUAGUAUCCGAGGCCAUAAUAUAUUUUGGGAUGACCCAAGUAUGCAGCCGAAAUGGGUCCCUUCAUUGAACCCCCAACAACUAUCCGCUGCUGCUGGAAAAAGGGUCACCUCAGUUGUCACGAAAUACAGAGGCCAAGUUAUUCAUUGGGAUGUUAUGAAUGAAAACCUUCACUUCAAUUUCUUCGAGAGUAAACUUGGUGCGGGUGCAUCUGCAACAUAUUAUCGAUUGACUUCACUACUUGAUAAGAAGGCGACUCUGUUCUUGAACGAUUACAAUACGAUAGAAGAUCAAAGAGAUGGAGCAUCAUCACCAACCAAUUAUCUUAACAAGAUUAAACAACUAAGGGCAGGAAGGUACACGGGUCCUCUUGGAAUUGGAUUGGAAGGACAUUUUGUUACCCCAAGCCAGCCUUAUAUUAGGUCUGCACUCGAUACACUUGCUUCUGCAAAAUUGCCCAUCUGGAUCACUGAAUUGGAUGUUCAAAGCAGCCCAAAUCAGGCAAAAUUCUUGGAUCAGAUUAUAAAGGAGGUAGUUGGACACCCAGCUGUACAAGGGUUACUAAUUUGGUCUGCAUGGAAACCAAGUGGGUGUUAUCGAAUGUGUUUGACUGAUAACAAUUUCAAGAAUUUGCCAACUGGAGAUGUUGUCGACAAAGCUCGUGCGACAUUAUCACACGAGGGUUUGAUUGGGACUACAAAUGCCGAGGGUUAUUUUGAGACUUCACUUUUCCAUGGAGAUUACAAAGCCAUCAUCACUCAUCCAUCGAUGACAUAUUCGUCCUUUCACCACAAUUUGACAGUGAUACCUACAACUGAAAGUGAUGAAAUUAGAUUAUUAAGUUACAAAUUCACUGCUACAUGAGUCAAACAUGCGGUAUUCAGGCCAUAGGAAUUAUGUGCAGUAAUCUAUUUUCUUUCUUAGAUUGCAUUUCAGUGUUUACUAUAAAUUGUUUGAAAACAGAAUUUGAAUGAAAGAUUGACUCAUA